AUGGCAGGAAGACAGACAAGGGGGCGUCAAAGAAUUGACAUGAAACGAAUCGAAAAUGAGAAUGAUAGGCUUAUUACAUUCUCAAAGCGUAGAUCUGGAAUCUACAAAAAAUCAAAUGAGCUUGUAACCCUCUGUGGGGCUCAGGUAGGAGUAGCAGUGUUCUCUCCCGCCGGAAAACCCUUUUCUUUUGCUCAUCCGUCGAUUGAUGCGGUCGCCAAUUGGUUCCUCAACCGAAACCCUCCGCCCAACGAUAGGUCUCACGCCUUGGUUGAGUCCUACCGUCGAGUCCGGCUUAAUGAGCUCAACCAACGACAGGAAGAGCUCAUUAAUCAAAUCCAAGCUGAGCAGGCACGAAACGAAGUGCUAAAGCGGCUGACCGAAGGAAAACGCGACGCGGCAUGGUGGGAAGCUCCCAUAGAAGAGCUCAACCGGGAAGAGCUCUACCAAAUGAAGGCGCGAAUGGAGGACCUCCGGCGGACCCUGCAGAAGUCAAUCGAUCAACGGAUUCGAGGAGAGCCAUGUGCAUCCAUUGAAGGACAGAAGUUAGAAAAAUAAUCCUUUUGCAACAAAUGUGCAUUAUAGUUCUUCUCCAAAUCUCCCCCCUGAUAUGGAAACAAGGAUGGAAAAGAUUGACCGAUAAUCUUAAUCUUUUUUUGUCA